UUUUUUUUUUGGUCCAGGAGCUGCCUUCAAGGAGCGGGGGAGAAAAGCAAAUCAAAGCACCAGUGGCAGUUAAUGAGCCGUGAGAUGAGGUGCUGCUGGUGACACGCAGAUUCCAGGCUCCCUCUGCUGCCCUCUGCGCUUCGUGUACAUGUGUCUGUUCAGUCCCUCUGGAGGCGCCCGGAAGAGAAUCCAACACGGCCGCCGGGGAGAGACCACCCACCAUGCCCACCGAGGCGCUCCAGACAGGUAGCAUGGUGAAGCCGGUCAGCCCCGCCGGCACCUUCACCUCCGCCGUCCCCCUGCGCAUCCUCAACAAGGGGCCCGACUACUUCCGCAGGCCAGCGGAGCCCAACCCCAAGAGGCUCAGCGCCGUGGAGAGGCUGGAGGCCGAUAAGGCCAAGUACGUCAAGAGCCAAGAGGUCAUCAACGCCAAGCAGGAGCCCGUGAAGCCCGCCGUGCUGGCCAAGCCGCCCGCCGCCAAGCGAGGCCUGGGCAGCCCUACCCUGAAGGUGUUCGGCGGCAACGCCAAGACGGAGGGCGGCGUGCAGAGGGAGAACUUAAAACUGGAGAUCCUGAAGAACAUCAUCAACAGCUCUGAGGGCUCCAGCGCCGGCUCUGGUCACAAGCACGGCCCCCGGAACUGGCCGCCCCACAGGUCGGACGCCACCGACCUGCACCGACAUUCCUUCGCGGAGUCGCUGAAGGUCUACCCCACGCAGGGCCACGGCAGCCCCCAGGAGGGCAGCUCGCACGUGAGCAGGAGGCUGCUGGAACAGUCUGCCGAGUCCUUCCUGCACGUCUCCCACAGCUCGUCCGACAUCCGCAAAGUGACGAGCGCCAAGCCCUUCAAAGCGAUCCCCUGCAGUAGUUCCGCGCCGCCCCUGCCUCCCAAGCCCAAGAUCGCUGCCAUUGCUCCGGCGAAGUCUCCCGACGCCGACCCCGUGGAGCCAGCUUGCGGCGUGAGCCGGAGGCCCUCCCUGCAGCGGUCGAAAUCGGACUUGAGCGACAGGUACUUCCGCGUGGAUGCCGACGUGGAGCGGUUCUUCAACUACUGCGGUCUGGACCCGGAAGAGCUCGACAAUCUCGGCAUGGAGAACUUUGCCAGGGCCAACUCGGACAUCAUCUCCCUCAACUUCCGCAGCGCAAGCAUGAUCAGCUCGGACUGUGAGCAGUCUCAGGACAGUAACAGUGACCUUAGGAAUGACGACAGCACCAACGACCGGGCCCCGUACGGCAUCUCUGCCAUCGAAAGAAACGCCCGGAUCAUCAAGUGGUUGUACAGCAUCAAGCAAGCUAGAGAGUCCCAGAAGGUCUCCCACGUGUAAGAGGGAGGCCGAGGGAAGGCGGGAGGGUACCUGUCCGUGCAUACUCGGUAGUGAAGGCUGUGAGGCCUCCUGGAAGUCUUGUAAGCUUCUCCGCUCUUUGUGUUGCUUGUUGUGCAAUGUUUUCGAGUUGCAUGCCUGUCAACAUGGGGGCUGAACCCGGCAUCCACGCGAUGCGUCACUGCAGAGCCUUGGCUGAACCCACACGUCAUCCGCCCAAAGUUUUCAGGCUGGAAUCCAAUUAGGGCUUGGUUCUAAGCAAACACACAAAAACAAAUGGUCCACGACUCCUUCGCUAUGUAUGUGGUUCUUGUGUUUUUAUAUCCCCUGCUGUUGUGUCUUCAUUAAAAGUUUUGUCAACUGGCUUUGAAGUUGAGAAGUAGAAUCUUUUUGGAAUUAAAAAGCCACUUGGUCUACCUGUGAGAGUGUCACAAUGGGAAAAUAAAUGGGAUCUGACUGACCCAAGGGAAGAAUCAGGCUGGGUUUUCUGAGGUAUAAAGUGGAGAGCCUGAUGUUAACAGUUGAUGUUUUGAAAUUCUUUUGCCACUAAUGGAAGUAAUUGUUGGGGCAACGACGCUAAGUUUUGAGUCUGAUUCAGUGUAUAAAAUGUUGGUGGUUCUGUGUAAUUAUGAUCGGAUCUGAUGAAGGAAGGAUGGCCGAAGCUGGGAGAAUUGGGGAUUUGAAGGUUUUGUAGACAUUGUUUUGUUUGGGGGAUAAUUCAGAAAUUUCUAUUAUUAAUCUUUUGACAGGAAUGGCUACCCUAAAACAUACUGAAUGCCUUUUUAAAAUACAAGUAUAUAUAUUUUUUUGCUGGGGGCAGUGGUCAAGAACCACUAAUUCCCUGCUGUUUCCCUCCCUCUCUCUCUUUCUUUGUUAUUUUUGCUUUAUUUGGGAGAAGGGAGUGGGGCUCCUGCAGGUUUGAGCUAUCUGAAAAAACAUGAACAAAAACAGAAACACACAGCCAUAUCAGUAUAAAGCCUCCUCUUCAAAAGUAAAUCAGUCUCGUAGCUGAACCAUAUCUGAGCAGUGUCUUUACACUGUCUUGCAAAUGUUGUCCUGUCAGGCUGUGGCCCUUUCUUACAGCUCUAAGAAGCUGUAGAAACACAGCACUGUAGCUUCCCCUCCUUUAUGGUCUCCAGAGCUGCAUAUCAACUUGUCCCUUUUUUUUUUCCCUCCCAAUAACGUGUCUUCUGGGUGGUUGAGUGAACUGGCAGUCAGCUGACAUGGGGGCUGUGGUAGCAGUGGGUAAAAGUAAGUGGUCACUGCUGGAGUAGUCAUGCUUUGAAGUACAAUCCUUUGCAGCUCUGUCGUAGACGUCAUCAGCUAAUCAAACUUUUUAUGGUGUAAAUGCUGUAAGACUUUGUACAUACUUCGGUUGUUAUGAAAUCUUUCAAGGAAAAAAAAAGUUAUGCUAAUAAAUAGCUCUGGUACGGGCAGUAAUUGUGGUGUUUUCUCUUUGUCCUUCCCUUUUCUCCCUCCACGGAAGCUUAACUGUGGACUCUGAGCCAGAAGCAGUUUCUCGGAUAGUCUUGAAGAAACAUUCUUUCAUCGCGUUCUAUUCACCCAGAUCGCAAUGAAUCGGAACUGCAU